CAUUUAUCCUAAUCGAUCGAAAGAAAUCAUGUUAAAAUUAAGAUGUGUUCUAAACACACAACUAUGGCGUACAGCAGGAUCCGUUCGCCUGUUGCAUGUUGGAGAGGCAAAUGUGUUGCCGACUGCUGUUGAUAAGAACUCAUCUGAAUUCAAGGAAAAUGAAAAAGAUAUGUCAAAAUUGGUCAAUGAAUUGCGUACAAUUACCAGUGAAGUGUUGACAGGUGGUGGUGCAAAGGCUAUUGAACGUCAUACCUCACGAGGCAAACUGCUGGCCCGCGAGCGCAUUAACAAGUUGUUGGACAAAGGUUCCCCCUUCUUGGAGCUAGGUACCUUGGCUGGUUACCAGCUAUACGGCUCGGAAGUGGUUAACUCGGGUGGUAUUGUUACUGGCAUUGGUCGUGUUUGUGGCACGGAAUGUGUAGUUGUUGCCAAUGAUGCCACAGUCAAGGGUGGCUCCUAUUAUCCCAUCACCGUGAAAAAGCAUUUACGUGCCCAAGAAAUUGCACAGGAAAAUCGUUUGCCAUGCAUCUAUUUGGUAGAUUCUGGCGGUGCUAAUUUGCCACGUCAAGAUGAAGUCUUUCCCGAUAAGUUGCACUUUGGUCGUAUUUUCUAUAAUCAGGCAAAUAUGUCCGCUAUGGGCAUACCCCAGAUUGCUGUUGUCAUGGGUAGUUGUACUGCUGGUGGUGCCUAUGUUCCAGCCAUGGCCGAUGAAAGUAUAAUCGUCAAGAAGCAAGGUACAAUAUUUUUGGCUGGUCCACCUCUAGUUAAAGCAGCAACGGGUGAAGAGGUAUCUGCCGAAGAUUUGGGUGGUGCCGAUUUGCACUGUAAGACAUCCGGAGUAACAGAUCAUUAUGCUGUUGACGAUGAACAUGCUCUGUAUUUGGCACGCCAAGUGGUUAGCAAUUUGAAUUUGCCCGCCACAAAUAACUAUGACGAGCAAUUGCUUUACUCCAGCAAGAAAGCCAUAAAAGCCUCAAAUAAUUCCAUUGAAACUGAAGUCGAGGAACCCAAAUAUGAUCCCCGCGAGCUGUACGGCAUUGUUGGACCAAAUCUAACCAAGAGCUUUGAUGUGCGUGAAGUUAUUGCACGUAUUGUUGAUGGCAGUCGUUUUACCGAAUUUAAAAAACUUUAUGGCGAAACUUUGGUUUGUGGUUUUGCCAAACUCUAUGGUCAUACUGUGGGCAUUGUUGGAAAUAACGGUGUCUUGUUUUCGGAGAGUGCCUUAAAGGGUUCCCACUUCAUCCAGUUGUGUGCCCAACGUAACAUUCCUUUGGUGUUCCUACAAAAUAUCACAGGUUUUAUGGUUGGUCGUGAUGCCGAGGCAAAUGGCAUUGCCAAGAAUGGUGCCAAAAUGGUUACAGCCGUGGCAUGUGCAAAUGUACCAAAAUUCACCGUCAUCAUUGGUGGUUCAUAUGGUGCUGGCAAUUAUGGUAUGUGUGGUCGUGCCUAUUCUCCACGAUUCCUCUACAUGUGGCCCAAUUCCCGUAUCUCCGUCAUGGGUGGUACUCAGGCUGCAAAUGUAAUGGCCCAAAUUACUGCUGACCAAAGAAAACGUGAAGGAAAAGACUUUAGCGAGGACGAAGCCAAUAAACUGAAAGCUCCCAUAAUGGAAAAAUUCGAAAAGGAAGGUUCUCCCUAUUACAGCACUGCCCGUUUGUGGGAUGAUGGUAUUAUUGACCCAGCAAACACACGUCAAGUUUUAGGCUUGAGCUUGAAAGCUGCCCUUAACAAUCCUGGCAAUGGCACUAAGUUCGGUGUAUUCCGCAUGUAGAGAAAAAGUAGCAGCAUACAAACAAAAUGGGGAAACAAUGUGCAUUUAUUUUACGAGCAAAGCUAACAGAUAGUAUGAUUUUACAAAAAAAAAUUUUAGGUGAUUAUGAUGAAACUGUUGCAUUUAUUAGAGUAUAAGUAAAACGUGUAAAAUUUUGAUACAUAUACUGUUCCAAUGUUGUAUAGCAAAUUUAUAAAGAUUUUUUUUUUUAAAUACAAUUUUUAAAGAAACUUAUACAGUACGAAA